AUGGAUACGUUGAAGGAGCCGCUACAACAACAAAAAAUGACACAGACAGGCGACAUAUGGGUCUGGAAGAAUUAUGAAAAUCAGGAAUUUUGCGUAAAAAACGUAAAACUCGCACCGAGCCAGAAUCUAGAUAUAAACUCAUCACCGAACAACUACUGCUGGAACAACUGGGCGACGGGGAAGAGUGCAGCCUUUGUAUGGCGAGUGAUUGACGAAAAGAUCCCAUCAGCCGUGGCUUUAAGGAAUAGAGGCAUGAACGUACACGAUGUAACCUGCAAAAUUUGUGGAGCCGAUGAUGAGACUGCUGUCCAUAUAUUGCUGAAAUGCAAUUUAGCGAAACGAAUUUGGGAAGCGGUGUCAACAUGGACAAGAAUACCGACGGUAAAUUCUGUCAGUAGCAUUACGGAACUGCUGCAAAUGAUACUUGAAGGUCAAAGGAGCCGAACAGUAAGGAAAAUGUUACAUGCGAUUGCCAUUGAAACUAUGUGGAUCUUGUGGAAAAAUAGAAAUGAUGAGGUAUUUACAGGAAGACAUCGGGCGGCUCAAACGAUUAUUGAAGACAUUAAAGUGACAACCUUCCUAGGGGUGAAGAUACGUUCGAAGCAUAGCACAAUAACAAAACAGGAAUGGUGGGAUUUUAAUUUAAAUAUGUAA